AUGAGGAGGGAAAUCGAGGGAUUAAGUGAGAUUCAGGAGUCCGAUUUUUCAGGCUCAGUGUCUCUCAGCGUCUUCCUGGUGUCGGUGGCGUGUGUGGUUUGUGCCGUUUGGCUGGUCGCUCUAUGUGGCGUCUGCACCUGGUGUCAACGGAAGCUGGGAAAAAGGAAUAAACCAGGGGUGGAGGCGGCCAGCUCUCCAGAUUCUGUGAGAGGUCGAGGGGAAAAUAAAGCCAUCAACGAUCUAGACAGAGACUUUUGGAAUAACAAUGACAGCAGCAAUGUGCAACAGAGGUGGAGCUCCUACCCGCCCAAGGAGUUCCUCUUAAACAUGUCUCCAUACGCUCCCUACGGAGACCCUCGCCUCACGCCCAAUGGGGCCGUGGCUAAGGGUGGGCAGGGCGGUGCUGGACCCUCACCGGGGGCCAGCGACAGCGGGGUUGGUGCUUGCUCUGACACGGGGGCGGGGCCAAGUCGCAGUGACAGCGUUCGGAGCAUGGUGACAGGGGGCAGCAAGGCCGGGCGCUGGCAGACGGUCCAGAGCCACAUGCAUGCCGGAGGCCUGCGGUUUAGCAAUUUCGGGGACGCCUCGCUCUCCUCCGCCUCCACCCUGGAGCACAUCCCGUCCUCGGCUGUGGCGCGUCCACGUCCCUUGGUCCGGCAGCAGAGCCUCCAACAGCCCCUCACUCACCAGCCCCCUCCGGGUCCCAACGACCCCCCGGUCACCUCACAGAGCCUGGGCCAGCUCCACACGGGCCCGGGCGGCGGGGGCCACCGCGGGGGCCCACGGGGGGUCCGGGGGAGUCCGGCUGGAGCCUCCCGGUACAGAGGAGCAGGGGCGGGCCGGUCGAGGUCGAACCCGGGCAGCUGGGACCACAUGAUGGAGCAGAUCCGCCACAGAGGGCUGGACGUCAAGUCGUUCUUUGAGGGGAAGAUGGUUGUUCUGUCUCUAGCUAUCGGGCUGGCUGAACAGGACGACUUUGCCAACCUGCCAGAUCUACAGGAAGCGCCAGCGAGCAAAGAGAAUGAAACCACACCAGAGAAAAGAACUCCGGGUACCAAACCGGGCAGCAGCCCCAGAGGACAAACCCCAGAUGAGACCGGACGGCGCCCGGGGCCGAGCCACGACGCCAACUCUUCUGUGUCCGACUUGGCCAACUCGGUCACCAGUGACAUGCUCAUGCUGUCGCCAGGUUCGGAGGAAGACGACCACGAGGGUCCGGUGUGCGAGAAGCUGGGUCGCAUCCAGUUCAGCGUGGGAUACAGUUUUCAGGACUCCACCCUCACCGUCAAAAUUCUCAAGGGCCAGGAUUUGCCUGCUAAGGACUUUUCCGGCACCUCUGAUCCAUUCGUCAAACUCUACCUGCUGCCAGACAAGAAGCACAAAUUGGAGACCAAAGUCAAGAGGAAGAACCUGAACCCCCACUGGAAUGAGACCUUUCUGUUUGAAGGGUUCCCCUACGAGAAGGUGGUCCAGAGGACUCUGUACCUGCAGGUCCUGGACUACGACCGCUUCAGCAGGAACGACCCCAUAGGAGAGGUGUCCAUCCCCCUCAACAAGCUGGACCUGGCCAACAUGCAGACUUUCUGGAAGGAGCUCAAACCGUGCAGCGAUGGCAGCGGAAGUCGAGGGGAUCUGCUGGUGUCUCUGUGCUACAACCCCACAGCCAACACCAUCACUGUGAGCAUCAUCAAAGCCCGCAACCUCAAAGCCAUGGACAUUGGAGGCACUUCUGACCCCUAUGUUAAAGUGUGGUUGAUGCACAAGGACAAGCGCGUGGAGAAGAAGAAGACGGUGGUGAUGAAGCGCUGCCUGAACCCUGUUUUCAACGAGUCCUUCCCCUUCGACGUGCCUGCCCACGUGCUGAGGGAGACCACCAUCAUUAUCACUGUCAUGGACAAGGACAGACUCAGUCGCAAUGAUGUCAUUGGAAAGAUUUAUCUUUCAUGGAAGAGUGGCCCUGCAGAAGUAAAACACUGGAAAGACAUGAUGGGGCAUCCUCGUACUGCCGUGGCCCAGUGGCAUGCUCUCAAGGCCUGAGGGACCAGCUACCAACCUGCCUACAGUGUUCCC